UGCAGCUUGACCACGCAGUGAAGCCGGUUGUGAAACUCGUUAACUAUUAUUUCCUGAGCUGAAUGACACAGUUUGGCUUUGUGAUGUAGCUUUUAGUGUGGACAUCCUGGCACACAUGAACCAGCUGAAUGUGAAGUUACAAGGAAAAAACAGUUUGUGCAUGAAAUGCAAGCCAACGUCAGAGCCUUCUAAGCCAAGCUGCUUUUAUUUUCCAAGCAAAUGUCAGACAAGUCAUUUGCUCAUUUCCCCACACUGGCUACGUUAAAAGAGGCCCCGCAACACGUGAAAAAGUACACCAAAUCACUGGAUGACCUGCGUGAGGAAUUCUGCCAUCGAUUUUGUGAUUUUGGAAAAAUUGACAGGGCACUUCAGCUGGUGUCAUGUCCCUUCUCACAAGACCCGCAAACGGUUCCACAGGAGUUGCAGUUGGAACUGAUAGAUCUCCAAUGUGACACGGGGUUUAAGGACGAGUUCAGCUCCCUGAAACUGGAUGACUUUUUUGCUUCAUUCAGUGCAGCCAAAUUAGCAAACAUCCAGAAGAUGGCACAGAGGAUGCUGGUGUUGUUGGGCUCUACGUAUGUGUGGGCAGACUUUUAUUGUGAUGAACACCAACAAAGCACCCCACAGAUCCCAGAUGAGUGAUGAACACCUCAGAUCUGUCCUGAGAAUCAACACAACAGGAUGACCAGCAGACUUGGAUGCACUGGCUAACAUGGGUGCUCAACAACACUGUUCUCAUGAAAAGAGAAAGUCAGCAUGCUGUCGGCAUUGAUCGCUCCCUUCAAGUGCAUCAGCCCUGGGACCAGCAGCACCGAGGACGAGGACAGUUUAAGUACCAGCAGUGCAGAGGUGAAGGAAAACCGUAAUAUUGGUAACCUGGAGGAUCGGUCCUUAGCAUCUGCGGAGUGUCAGUCACUUUUUUGCUCUGACUCUACGAGAAGUGGGAGUUCUGGUCUGAAAAGGAAACGCCCCCUGGAGGAAGACAACAACGGCCACCUGAGCCAACUCCGUCUGAUCUAUAAGAAACUGUCCUGGUCUGAGGCACCAAAGAACGCUUUGGUUCAGCUCAAUGAGCUCCGGCCGGGCCUUCAGUAUCGCAUGGUGUCACAGACGGGGCCGGUCCAUGCUCCUGUCUUUUCCAUUGCGGUUGAGGUCAACGGGCUGACAUUUGAGGGGACGGGUCCGACCAAAAAGAAAGCCAAGAUGAGGGCAGCAGAGCUGGCCUUGAAGUCGUUUAUCCAGUUUCCCAAUGCUCCUCAGGCCCAUCUCGCCAUGGGAAACAUCUCCAACCCUUCAGCCGACUUCACUUCAGACCAAGCUGACUUCCCUGACACUCUGUUCAAGGAAUUUGCGUCUUCGCCUUGCUCUGAUGGCCUCACCCUCUGCAACUCAGGAGCAGAAAGUCACCUAUUGUCAAGUGAGCUCCUUAGACAUGGACGCUUGCUUCGCCAUACCUUGGACCUGAUGGUACAGGCUCAGCAGAGGUUGGGAGGCAUUGUUCCUGAGCCAGAUGCUCCCAAGAGUCCCGUGGUGUUGCUGAAUGAGCUUCGUCCGGGCCUGCGCUACGCUUGUCUUUCCGAGCGAGCUGAGGGCCGACGGCUACGUAGCUUUGUGAUGGCGGUACGCGUGGAUGGACGCAUUUUUGAGGGCUGUGGUCGCAGCAAGAAGGUGGCAAAGACCCAGGCGGCCCAGUGUGCUCUGGAGGCCCUCUUGAAUAUCAGGACAAGCCCUGAAGGGAGGCCAGGUCUGAAAGCCAGCAGGAAGAGAUGUCCUCAUUUACCCCAGGACUUUGCCGAUUCAAUAUUCCAGUUGGUGCGGGAGAAGUACCGGUCACUGGUGGGCGGCUGCAAUCCAGCGAACGCACGACAAAAAUCCCUGGCAGGCAUCGUAAUGACCCGAGGUCUGGACAUGAACUGCGCCCAGGUGGUGGCGCUGUCUACAGGCACGAAGUGCAUCAGCGGAGAGAAUCUGAGCGACCAAGGACACGUGCUCAAUGACUGUCAUGCGGAGGUGAUCGUACGCCGCGCUCUGCUACGCUUCCUCUACUCGCAGCUGGAGCUCUUCUUGAGUAAAAGGCCAGAAGACUGGGAAGAGUCUAUUUUUGUGCGGCACAAGGAGCGCGGCUACAGGCUACGAGACAGCGUCCACUUCCACAUGUACGUCAGCACCUCGCCCUGCGGGGACGCCAGACUCAACUCACCCUACGAAAUCACCAGCGACCUGCACAGCAGCAGACACCUCAUGCGGAAGCACCGCUGCCACCUGCGCACCAAAAUCGAGUCGGGCGAGGGAACGGUACCGGUCAGGUGUCGGGGGUCCGUGCAGACGUGGGACGGAGUUUUGCAAGGAGAGCAGCUGAUCACCAUGUCCUGCACCGACAAAAUCACCAGGUGGAAUGUUGUGGGCCUGCAGGGGGCGCUGCUAAGCCACCUGAUGGAGCCCGUGUACCUGCACAGCCUCACCGUGGGCAGCCUGCGCCACCCGGGCCACCUGGGCAGAGUCCUCAACCAACGGCAGGAACGUCUGGGCCCGCUCCCUGUCGCAUACAGACGCAACCAGCCGCUGCUCAGUGGUUUGAGCUGCGUGGAGCACCAGCGUUCGGGGAAGGCGUCGUGCGUCAGCAUCAACUGGACGUUGGGCGACACGCAGGUGGAGGUGGUCACCACGGCAACAGGGAGGAGACGCGACUCAGGGAUGCCCUCACGCCUCUGCAAACACGCCCUGUUCACCUGCUGGAGACGAGUCCACUGCAAGCUGGGGUUCCCGCCGUGCUGCCCAGACGAUGGCCAUCUUGUUUACUGUCAGGCCAAGAUGGCGGCGCGUCCUUACCAGACCGCCAAGCAGCAGUGGUUCCGCUCACUGCAGGAAUCGGGCCUUGGCACUUGGGUGAAGAAACCACCUGAGCAAGAACAGUUCCUGCUGUUGGACUAAAGAGUGUGUGUGCGUGUGUGUGUGCGCGUGCGUGUGUGUUAACCUUUAUUUUUUUAUUAGGGCAAGGUAGGGCCAUGAUCUUUGCAAACGGCUUUAUAACUGCGAGUGAAAGCUGCACACUCACGGCUGUCACCAUCAUGUGUGUGUGUGUGUGUGUGUGUGUGUGUGUGUGCACGCACGUGGUUCUGAAUGGACCACUCCACUCAAUAGAAAACCCGGAAGGUCGACUGGACGUGCUGAAAGGAAGAGGAAAUAAAAAGAAUGGUGUGUUUUUCUUGGUCUCUUUUAAACACGCUUACACACACGCACACGCACACACACACACACCCUCCACCAGCGCCCCCGCCCCUCAGGUGUGGCGUCUGUCAAGAAAGGGUGGGGUAACCUUGAGCGAAGUGAAAGACAGCAGCGGCUAUCUUGUCAUCAGCUAUUUCCGGGCCCCGAGGCUCCCGCAGAGCCGCCGGGAGGAGGAGAGAACGAGACAGAAAGGAAGGAGAGAGAGACGACUGCGUCCAAUUACCCGUCCUGUCAGGGUGACGGGUGAUAGAGGAAGCGGGGGGGGGCACGUGAGGAAAAAAAGAGAGGGACAGACGAUUCGGUGCCAUCUCAGGCGACCUUCUUCACCUUUUUCUCGCUUUAUCCUUUUGCCCUUUUUCUAAAGAUGAUGAUGGAGGGAACACAAAGAAUCACAAUAGUAUAGAAGGUAAAUGUCUCCAAAAUAUAGAAAUACAUCCUUAUUUGGCACAUCACCUGCUCUCACUUUUUAACAUCACGACUAUUCAACUCAAACUAGAUGUUUGCACUCCUCAAAGAUCCUCUAUAUGACAGGACGUCUCUGCUGGUUUUAGGAAUCUGUUGGAAAAACACCCGUCAAAGAUCCUCGAUGACAGAAACAACUGACUUAAUCAAAGAAAAACACGUUAAAAAAUACUAUUUUCUUCACCUCAUGAAGGGUUGAUAAAACUGUAGGUCACCUGCUUCACCACUAGGUGGAGUAACCAUUCUAAUUGUGUUCCAUUCCCUUCUGCAAAAGAUAUAUAUAUAUAUAUAUAUUAAAGAAAUAUUCUGAUUAAAUAUUUUGGUCUUUACAUGGUUUAAUGUGCUGACAACAAAUUCACACAAAAAUUAUCAACUGAAAUCAAAUGUACAUUAACCCACGCAGGUCUGGAUUUGGAGUCACACUCAAAAUUAAAGUGGAAAAAGACACCACCUGUUUAUUCCAUUUGCUCAACAGCAUGUGAAAUUGAUUGUCAAACUGUGUUGCUUCCAAAGUGGACAGUUUGAAUAACGGCGCAGCAGUUUUGACUGAGUGUGAAUUGAGUGUUCCCUUUAUUUUUUUGAGCAAUGUAUAUAUAUGUGUGUGUGUGUGUGUGUGUGUGUGUGUGUGUGUAUGCAUGAGUAUUUCCCAGCAUUUAUGAAUACAGGCAUACAUUUUACAGAAGAGAAAUCUCACGCCACCAAACAAAAAUGCCACAAAGAGUAGAAAUACGUGUGAAUGGUUUACGUACUGCCCUCUAGUGGUGGAGCAUUGCAUUGUUCUGCCUGCCACAGUGUGCUACAGCUAGCUGGACAAGAGAUACGUCAUUUCUAGUGAAUGAAUCGUCUUUUUCAGGCCAAUGAAGUAAAAUUGGAUCAUUUUCGUUGACCAACUAAACAGAAAAAGUCCCAAUUCCAACAUUGGGAACCUUGUAAUGCGACAUUUUUUGCAACAUUAUGACUUUAUUCUCAUAGUUUUAGCUGUUUUUGUCUUUUCCUGGGUUGUCUAGCAUCAGCUGUACAGCAUACGUAACAUUAAAUGGGAUUGGAAACUAUAUUUUAUGUUUAUGGAGAUGUAUACGUACAAAUCAGCAGGUGGCUCCAAACUAAAUAAAUGAAAUAAAUCCACACAGAGAGCAGGAUGGGACACACGUGGAAGGAGAAAUGUCAAAAACACUCUGAAACAAAACAAAAAGGCCACAAUCAUUUCACUUCCCGCUCAGCACGUAAAGUGCACAAAUGUUUGCUCAAGAGAACCACGGCAGUGCUCAGGAAAGGAACCGGCAUCUCUCUCGCCAAACCAGCAUCAACUCUUCAUGAUUGACAAAUAAUCUCCAUGAUCAGUAGCGUUUUAUUUCCCGCUUGAUGGUUUAAAAUUGGCUUGCACUUUGAUUGACACCAGCCGGCAGCCAAUCAGCUCGGCUCAGCCCAUGAGCGAACUAAUAGAAGUGGCAACAUUGACAUCUAGUGGACAUUCUAUGCUAUGACACGUUUACUGAAACUACCGCAUUUCAUUGCAUUCAUCAAUAAGUCCCAACAGUAGAAGUAAUAAAAUUCAGAUUGGGAAUCACUGCUCUUUAGUGUGCCAACAAAACAAUAUUUUGAAUGUAAACCAAUCAAGUUUUUUCUUUUUAUGUUGAUGUCCUGUGCAUUCAUCAUAGCCUUGUACUUGCGUUGAGUGUGUGUAUAAAAUGUAAUAUUAGAUGUAUGAGUGUACAUAUGUAAAUAAUGUGUAUACGAUGUUGGCAAAGAAGAAAGAUGAAGUACAUCUAGUGUACAGAAUAUACGCUGAAAGGUGAAUGUUUGUACUUGCGUAUG